CCUUCCCUGUGUCUCCCUCCCCCAACGUCAAAUAUAAACCAAAAUGGCAGCCUCCUUGGUUUACCGAAAACUGGGGACAAAAUGUCAUUCAGUUCUGAGGCUUUCUAACAUUGAGUUGAGGAGUGCCAAGUAUGUUGCUUUUAAUGUUGAAAGAAUACUGUCUCCAUCAACAUGUGCAGCUGUUUAUAGCUACGGACAUGCAUGUCUUUCUACAUCAUCAGGACGACUUAGUGAACCAGUGACAAACAAAUCUGAGUCAACAGCAGCUCUACCUAAUAAUGCAACUGAUAGCAAAAUUAAACCACGAGACACAGAUUUAAGAUAUGUCUACAAAGAACAGUAUAUACCAAUAACACGGCAGUCGCUCCUUCGCUUUUUGCUUCAGGAAAAAAGUUUUUUCACAGAGUCAGAAUUGAAACUGUUUCCAUCUUUUGUUUUAGCUCUGGAUAGCACCUUAGUCAACAAAUACCACACAGUUUUAACAAACUUACAGAGCUUGUUUGAUCCAAUCAACCCAGACAAAGAUACAUUAAAAACAAGAGAGUGGACCAGAAAUGACAAAUUGGACAAUGAGUUUUGGCUUUUGCAGCAACUGCAAGACGUCAUGAAAAAAGCAAACUUUCACGAAUUGCCUGCAGAGAAAGUAGAACAAUUUCUUAGGCAACACAAGGCACAAGAAGGUGUCAUUGUGAGUGUGGAUCCUUCAAGAUACGAUGUUCUCAAGUUCUGGGUGUUGGGACAUGAACAACCUGAACUCCACGUCUCCUUUGGUGAAAAAAUUGUAAACAAGAUUUUUAGAAGUCCUCCUAGACAGCCAAUGCAAUAUUUCAAAAGAGUAGUAGUUGCAUUAAGGUUAAAGAAAGAUUCUAAGCUGAUUCUUAAAGCUUUUAAAGAGAUACCUCUUCAAAGAAUAGAAAUGUUACUACCUGAUGGCAAAGUCCGAAUGAGUUUGACUGAUAAAAGCUUUUUGGCAGCUUCUGGUGGUUUGGCAGGAUUAGGAAUUUUAGCUAAGGCGGUUACAGUAUUAGCAAAUAUUAACGUAGACUGGCCUAUACUUCUUUCAUUGGUGACUGGGAGCAUGGCUUUACCUUUCUGGUACUCUUAUCAGAACAGAAAAAAUGCUUACCUGAUAGAUGUCUCUAGGACUUUGUACUUCAAGAAUAUAACCAACAACAAAGGUCUCUUGACUCUGUUGGUAGACCGAGCUGAGGAUGAAAGUUUAAAAGAAACUUUGCUAACUUACGCCUUCUUGCUGCAGACUCUUCCCGAAUCUAUUAGAAAGUCACCCACAGCUGAUAGUUCUUCUUCUAAAGGUUUAACAAAGAAAGAACUUGAAGAACAAGUUUCUAAGUGGGUGGAUCAACGAACAGGAGUCCAGCUAGAAUUCAAUGCCACAGAGGCUGUUCUCAUUCUGAAAAAUCUUGGCCUUCUGACAGAGAAAAAUGACAGGCUCCAUGUUCUGACACUAGAGGCAGCAGCUAGGAUACUUCCCCAAAGCCUUCCUAGUGUCAUUGCCCGCAGGGCAACAGAAGCUGAUAUAACAGAGGGUUAUGAUAGGGAUGAAUAUUUGGAAACUGAGGCAGAGUAUAAGACAGAGGAGAAACAGACAAGUCGAUAUGGAUGGUUUUAGUCAUAUUAUCAGAAUUGUAUAUAUUUCUAGCUGGCUAAUUGAAAUUUGUUACAUAGAUGCAUCCAAUUAUAAGAAUGGUGAUAGUUUAGAAAUAUCUACAUACACAUACACCCCCUAGUUAUUUAAGAAGUUCAUGCCAUGGAAUUUAUUUCUAUUUAUUUAAAAGUGUUUGUAAUAUAUAUCCAUUAUGUUUUGUACAUCAUUUGCAUAAGUUCUAAAGAUAUAUUUUGAUCUGAAAAAUCAUCAUUAUAAAUAGGACAUAGGGUCUGAUUUUACAAGAUUAAAGGCUUCUUUGUUAGUUAAAAACUCCAUACCAUAAAGAAUGAUAUAAGAAUUAUUUAACAAGAAUAUUUUACUUUAGGAAAGACUACUAUUUUGUCUAGCAUAUUGUGCAUUGGCCUAUUAAAAGAUAAAAUACAAACUAACAUUGGUUAACUUUAAGAAAUAAUGGCAUGAUUGAAAUAUAUUGUUUCAAUAAAAUAUAUUCUCUGAUGUUUGUUCCAACAACCUUGAGCCCCACACAAUUUCUACCAGAAAUACUACUCAGUUAAUGAAUAUUGAAUUUUGUUUCAAUCCCUAUCCUGUGAAAACAACUACUACUUCCUGUUUUGUUUUUCUUCUUCCAAGUUAACUUUAAGAAAAUUAUCUUGUCCAUGAGCUAUUUUAUUUACUCUACACAAGUGCCUCAUGUUAGCAAUAUCAGUGAAUGUAUUUGUUGCAGAGGCUAGUUAUUGUUUUAAUAUUUGUGAUGGCUGUGAGAGUUCUGUGUUAGUGACAGAUAUUGAUUGUCAACUGUGCAAGGACUUCAUGUUUUCAUUUUAUGCUUUCAUUACAUAAGCAAUCAAUGUGGACAUUUUAAUGGAGGGCAAAUGAAAAGAACUUCAGGUGUUAAGAGAAUAUUGUGUUUGAAAUUAUUUCCUAAAUAGCAUCAGAUAGUUUUCACUGGCUGAAAGAAGGCUUGAAGCAAUAUAAGGGGUCAUGAAGUUAUGUUAUAGAUAAGAAUUAGGACAUAAUAUCUGUCACUUCAAAGUAUCUAAUCAUUGACUCUAGUUCUAUUUCUGUAAGUAUUGUAAAAUAUUGGUCAUAGUAAUUCAACUUUUGUAAGUGACCCUGUGAAGGCUUAUAAUGUUUAUUUGCCAGAUUAUUUACAGUGCCAACUUGAAGUUGUAGAUCCUAACAGUUUAUUUUUGUUGAAUGUUUUUAGAGGAUUCUGAUUUAUAGGCAAGUGUUUCUUGAGCUUUAUGACUGUCAGUGUGUUUAGUCUGUGUACAGUUUUGUAAUGAUGAGUUUUACAUUAUAUAAUUAUUGUUAUAUUGAACUCAUAAAGAAAUAAAUCUCUUAUUACAUUGCAA